AUGGAGCAGGAAGAUUAAUCAUAAUUGACUAAGCAUAAACUUCUGGAUAUAGACCUAGCAACUUUUUAGUUUUAUUUUUAAUCACACUAACAAUAUCUCUUUGCAUAGGUGUUAUUAUUUGGAUGUGUUUGGAUUGAUAUAUAAUCAAUUAUGAAAUAAAAAUAACUAAAUAUAUAUAGUUAAUUUAUAAUAUGAAUGAAAAUUAGGAAAAUUAAAAGAGUAUCAAAAUCAACAAUCCAUAUGAAAAUGAUGAAAAUGAACUUUUAUAAUAUGAAGAUAGUAUAUUGAAUUUAUAUUAAAUUAGACCAAAAAGAAGUUCAAACAGAUAAAAGCACAUUUGUCAUCCAAAUAAUUUCAAUCAUUUUAAUAAUCAUAUAUUUUAUUGGUAUCCUAAUUGCGAUUAUAUGA